UCUCCCUCUCUCACUCACUUACAACCAGACGCGUUCAGACGAGCUUUACAGUUCUUCUCGUAUUCUUCUCAUAUAUUCUCCAGGAGCGAGCACGUUCUUCAUCACAUUAUUGCCGCGUGUGUUGUUGUCCUCGUGCAACAUUGUAACAUUCGGAACGCGGGAACCGCGUCUGGAGUUCCACGAUAAUUUAACAUUGCUAUCAAAAACAGGUGUUGAGAACCUCAAGACCAUUGCCGUCCAUGGACCACCUGUAAUUCCAGGUCGGUAUUCCCAGGGAUUGACCUUGGACCACAGCCAUGCCUUUGAACUGAAACAUGAAUUCAGUGUAUUCUCCCAAAGGUAUUCAUCUUAAUUUCAGGAUACACAUCUAAUUUUAUCCAUAAUCUAGUUCCUUGACCUCAGAUUAUAGGUCAUCAUUGGACACUUACUCUUUAUGUCCUUCACUGUUGGACAUUCACAAACAGAUUAGAAUGGCAAAGUGGUUAAAGGACUAUUUAAGUUUUGGGAGCAAACGUGUUCCCCCGCAACCGCCGAAACCGGACUACACAGAGAGUGAGAUAUUGAAGGCGUAUCGUGCACAGAAGAACCUAGACUUUGAAGACCCUUAUGAAGACUUUGAGAACAGGGCUAGAAAUGACAAUGGGCCAACUGAAGUGCCCCACAUGGGCUUCGGGUCCCCUUUGAAAUCCUCAAGUCUGGAUAUCAAGGUCGUUUCGCCGAAACAUCGCCUCAUAAAGGUGGACUCGCAAGACCUGGGACGGAGCAAGAUUCUCCUGAGCUCUGUGUCUUUAGAGGAAGCAACAGAUCCGGUGGUUCCAUCAGCUCCAGUUAUGGGCGAUACCGACUACUCCGACCCAUUCGAUGUUCGCUUGGACCCGCGUCCCGAAUCCGCCCAGGGGCAAAUCACUCCUGAGAACAACGGCUACAUGGAGCCCUACGAGGCUCAGAAAGUGAUAACCGAGCUGCAGAGGAGAGCCGGUGGUGGAGCAGGAGUUUGGGGGAGAGGGGAGGUCCAACUCUACGACACCCCGUACGAGGAGCGCGUCCCAGGGCAGCCGGAUCUGCCCGAGGAGGGCAGGGAGAGCAGGCUGCCGCAGGACGACGAGAGGCCCGCCGAUGAAUACGACCAACCGUGGGAGUGGAAGAAGGAACAUAUCUCUAAAGCUUUCGCAGAUAUGAAAGAUCUGACCGAGCUGCCGUGGCCUCCUCCGGUUGGACAGCUGGAGGAGGAGCCCGUCUGUGGCGAGCAAGUGCAGUUUGAGGGUGCAGAGUGGGACCGUUCCUGUUCUCCUACAGAGCGCCUGAGGUGUUCCAGGCCUCUGCAGACCACAGGUAGCAUGAAGCUACGCAAGCCCAGCGAUCCUCAUUCCACGAUCGGGGAGAGAGUGGAUCCCAACCUUCCCCUGGAGAAACAAGUAUGGUAUCACGGCUCUCUGUCGCGCUCAGAGGCUGAGUCUCUACUGACCCUCUGUAAGGAGUGCAGUUAUUUGGUGCGAAACAGCGAGACCAGUCGUUUGGACUACUCCCUUUCUCUGAGGAGCUGCCAAGGUUUCAUGCACAUGAAGUUCAGCCAGUGCAAAGAUGGCCGCUAUAUCCUGGGCCAGAACAGCCCUCCGUUUGACACCAUCCCUGAAGUGAUCCACUAUUACACCACACAUAAACUCCCCAUCAAAGGAGCUGAACACUUGUCCCUGCUCUUCCCUGUGCUGGUUCAGACUCUCUGAUUGGUCAGAGCACUGCAGCGCUAUGGGUGAAAACAGACGCCAGAGGUAUAUGCCAUUGGGAAUGAACAUUCAACAAAUUCAGCACACCAACUUAUGGCUCCCUCAUGUCUUUGAUUGUACAAAAGCAUAUGCUUGAGGACACAACCCUUUACAUUAGAUACUUCAGAUCCAUUUACAGUUAGAUCUGUUCACAUGCCAUUUCACAUACUUGUUAAUAAUUAUUUUCAAUCUCACCAAAUUAACCUUCUGUGAACCGUACCGGACUGGUGGCAGCGUGACCUGUUGCUUGUCUUCAGUCGUCUGUCUGUGUUAUUCUCCACUGGGAUGGUGAAUUUGCCACUGCUAAUGUUUAUUGAUCGAUUAGUAGCCUCUUAGGAUGAGCAGACAAGCCUCCGCUCUUUUAUAGCUGCUGUAAAAGACAUUUCCACAGCCGUUUAUGACUAUCGUCUCUUUACAAUUUGUAAAGCCUUUUGGUUCUAGUAAGACCCUUGAGACCACACACAAAUGUUGUUUGGCUGUAGUCCUUGGAAAACUUUCUUUGUUUGACCUCAGCUUUGUCGUGUGGCUGGUCGUAGAUCAGUGAAUGUUGGCAAAUUUGUAUGUUGAGGACAGUAGCUGAAACCAACUGAUCAAUUGAUUGAUGUGAUGUUUGAAUCAUGAUCGCUCACAGAGAUGUUCCUGUAAUUGGUAUAUUAGGUCACCGAUACAGAAAAAUGCUGAAAAUGUGUUUCUUUAACUCCUGUUUGUAAACUUAUUUCCAUGUGUUAUAUAAUAAACUUUCCAAAGAGAA